GUACGGUACCCGCCAGUCCGCCCCUGAAUGUGUACAAGAUAAUGGAUCCUAAACACAUUAUAACGACCCAUAUUAUGUACCAACCAAACUACCAUCCGCUCACCGACCUGAAGCAACCUCAAUCUGCCAUCUCUACCUGAGCGGUCACGGAGUUAAGCCCGGUAUGAUCGAGUGCCGUAUAAUUAUGCCCGAGCGGCCCGGGAGCGGCCGCGGUGCCGCAUAGAUCGGCCUCUCAUCCGCACCAAGUAUUCACACUCUUGGCCUACAUUGGAAGUCGUGGACCUUUGAUACAAUCUAUUGAUUUGUAAUGGCGGGUCGUGUGAAGAGCUAUAAGAUGGCCUCAGACCUCUCAUGUUCUCCUGCCGGAUGGUUAGAGCAGGCUUUACCACGAUAGACAGAGACAACUUCGACAACAACAGUCCAAUUUACUUUCCAGUAACCCAUCACCAAGAUCAACAGUCCAGCAUAAUGUCGGGCAUCAACUUCGAUCUCAACACGGAAGGCCUUGAUGUGGUACGCCAUCUUCAAGACCAAGUGUCCGGACGCACAUUCCUUAUCACCGGCCCAAGUGAGGGAGGCCUCGGCGCGGAAACAGCCAUCUCGCUUGCCCAUGCCAACCCAGCGCUGCUCAUCUUCGUGGGACGCACCCUCAGCAAGAUCCAGCCCACCAUUGACGCCGUCCACGCCGUCAACCCAUCCAUCGCCGUCAAGUUCGUCGCUGCCGACCUCACCUCGGCGAACAGCGUGCGUGAAGCAGCCCGCGAAAUCCUCAACGACGCAUCCAUCACCCACAUAGAUGUCCUCAUCAACAACGCCGCCGUCAUGGCCUGCCCUUACGAACUCACCGUCGACGGUUUCGAGUUGCAAUUCGCCACCGCCCACCUCGGCCACUUCGUGCUGACGAACCACAUCCUACCCAAGCUUAGAGCAUCUGCCGGUGCGGGCAAGACCCGCAUCAUCAACCUUUCCUCCCUGGGUAACACCCUCGGCGGCAUCCGCUGGGACGACCCCAGCUACACCAAGCGUCCGGAGGAGUACAGAGCCUGGGAGGCCUACGGCCAGGCCAAGACGGCCAACGUGCUUUUUACUCUUGCGCUGAACAAGCGGCUUCUCGCCAGCAAGACGGGCAUCAGGUCGUAUGCCCUGCACCCUGGCGGCAUCUAUACCCCCUUGCUCCGGUAUAUGAACGAUGAGUUGAUGGAGGAGCUUAAGCAGAGGUUGGGGAUGACACAGGAGUUUCCGUUCAAGACGCUGCAGGCGGGUUGUGCGACUACGCUGAGGGCGGCGCUGGACCCGGAGCUGGAGAAGCAGGAGGAUGGCGUGUUUUUGAGUGAUUGUCAGUUCACGAAGGACCCGGUGAUUGUGGCGCCUUGGGCACUUGAUGAGGAGGAUGCGGAAAGGCUUUGGAGGUUGAGUGAGGAGUUGGUUGGGGAGAAGUUUGAGCUUUGAGCUGGGGAGGAACAACCGGAAAUGAGGACAAGGUGGGUUUAUCUCGUGGGUACAUAUUUGAAUGCUGAUGGAGCGGAACAUGACCGUUGUUUGGAAACAGUUGAAUACAAUGCAUACAUCUCCUCUCUUUAAAAUUGACCUUUACCCACGUGUUGAGAUUGCCCAUACCGC